CACCGCGGUGCCGGGCAGGGCCCGGGGCCGGGGCAGGAGCCGCCGCUGCUCGGGGGGGGGCCCGGCCCCGCCUCCCCCCCACCUCCGUCCCGACCCCCCGUCACUGUCUGUCUGCCCCCGCCCCAGGACGCGCUCGGGCCGGGACGGACCAUGAGCGAUGACCCGACACCGUGGGACAACGCGACGGAGAUCGCCACGGCGGUGCCCGGCGAGGUGUCCCCCCAGGAUGGGUACGUGCUGCUCCUCGCCCUGCUCUCAGUCUUCAUCGGGGGCACCCUGGUCCUGCUCUCCGGCAUCCUGAUCAUCUGCCGCCGCUGCUGCGAGGCCGACCGCCGGCACUCCAGAGCCAGCGAUGACCCCGAGAAAACCAACACCACCUACCUGGAUGACUCGCAGCCAGCCCAGGAUAUCACCAUCAAAGUGGAGGACCCCGACUGCCUGUCGUCCUCCAGCUACCGGGAUGCGGAGAGCGAGCGGUUCCUGUCCUCCAGCUCCUCCACUGCCCGCCGGGUCUCCUUCAACGAGGCUGCACUCUUUGACCAGGGCAAAAAGACCCAGGAGAAGGGGAGGAGGUACACGCUGACAGAGGGGGAUUUCCACCACCUGAAGAACGCCCGUCUGACCCACCUGCACCUCCCACCGCCCGCCCUCAAGAUCGUCACCAUCCACGAGUGUGAGUCCAGCGAGAACAACCUGGCCAUGACUCCCCGCCUGCCCCCCACCAAGCCCGGCCUCGCCAUCUUCCAGCCCCCCGUGGGGGCCCUGCCCCAGCCGGCGCUCCCCAGCCAUGCCGUGUGCCCCAGCUCUGCCCUGCCCGGGGACACCUACAACUCCACGGUGGACACCAGCUUCACCGAGGCCAGCCCGUCCCCCUCCUCCGACUCCGGGGAGGGCCCUUCGUUUGCAGCAGCACCCAGGAAGGCGGCUGCAGCGGGAGGUGCUGGUCCCGGGGAGCCCCCCGCAGCCCCCUCCCAGGGCACCGUCCUGCAGUUCUUCACCCGCCUGCGCCGUCACGCCAGCCUGGACGGGGCCAGCCCCUACUUCAGGAUCAAGAGGUGGAAGUUGGAGAGCACCCAGAGGGCCUCCAGCCUGGACACGAGAGGGUCCCCCAAACGGCGUCAGUUCCAGCGUCAGCGAGCGGCCAGCGAGAGCAUGGACCAGGAGGACCGGGACCCCCACCAGACCGACAUCAUCCAGUACAUCGCCCACACGGACGACGUGGCCUUCCACGCCGCGGGCAGCCCCUUCCUGCCCUCCCCCGCCAGCCCCCCACCCUCUCUCGGCAGGCUAGAGCCGGGCGAGGGGGGCGCGGGCAGCCCCGGCGAGGCCGCCGGCCCCGAGCAGCCCAGCGCCUACCACGACAUCUGGAGCCUGCGGGCCUCGCUCGAGCUCUACGCCUCCUCCGAGCGCAGCAACGACCAGGACUCGGUGCGCAGCGACGGCGGGGACAGCGUCUCCUCCGCCGGCGGCGUCGGGCCCUGCCCCUCCUGCUCCCUGGAUGAGGCCGAAGGGCCCGAGGAGAAGCUGUGGGGUCGGCCCAAGGCGGACGAGUCGGAGCCGGGCACGCGGAAGCUGCUGCAGAUGGACAGCGGCUACGCCUCCAUCGAGGCGCCGAGCCGGGGGGGCGAGGAGGGGCCCCCCAAGGACCAGACGGCCUCCGAGAAGCGGAUUUGCUUCACCAGCGCGGGGCGGAAAGGAACCAUCUUCGAGAGCUUCGAGGGCCACGAGCCGGAGGAGGAGGAGGAGGAGGAGGAGGAAGAGGAGCAAGAAGAAGAGGAAGAGGGGAGCAGGCUGCGGGGAGCAGCGGGCGGGGGUCUCCCCCAUCCCCACAGCCCACUGAGCUGGUCCCCUUACGGGCAGAUGUUGGCGGGGCGGGAGGCGCCGCCGCGGCGGGAUUACAGCAUCGACGAGAAGACGGACGCGCUGUUCAACGCCUUCGUGCGCCACGACCCGCAGUUCGACGAGUCUCCGCUGCGGGGGAAGCACCGGUCCCGCACCCACCUCCGCAAGCAGUGGCAGCACGCCAAGCAGUACAGCGACCCCGGCGUGCGCUACCCGGCGCUCGAGCGGCACCGCACGCCCCUGCGCCGCGGGGACAGCGCCAACUACCCGCUGGACGCCAGGUUCCACCACAGCCCCCUGCCCCGCAUCGUCAGCGCCGGCGACGAGGAGGCGGCGGCGGCGGCGGAGGAGGCGGCCGACGGGAUCCCUCCCGCUGCGGCUUUACCCGAGCCGGAGAUCCAGGUGAUCGUGGAGGAGCCCGCGGAGGUGGCGCCUGAGCCCAAGGGUGGCUCCGAGCCCCACGGGGACGGUGACUGCGAUGGCUCCGGGAGGUGCCUGGGGUUGGGCUCCGGCUCGGAGCUGAUGGACAAGAUCGCCGGCGGCCUGGAGGAGCGGCUCUACGGGCACCUGAGGAGAGCGGCAGCCAGGCCCGAGCCCACCGUGGCCGUGGCGGCCAGCGACGCCCCCCCAGACCACAGCCCUGUCUAAGCCCAGCGUGAGGGGCAGAGACCCCGGCACAGGGGGGUUCGGGGCUCCAUCCCCUCCUGCUGCCGGCCUGGGGCUCGGUGCCCUGCGGGAAGGAAGGGUGGCCCUGGCACUGCGAGGCCAGGAGGGCACGUGGGGGGGGUCCCCUGGCUGUAACCCCCCCAGGUUCGGUCGCACGGGGUGGCCGAGCCCCUUCGCUCCCCGCGGCGAGGAACGGGCCGUGGCGCAGGCUCCGGGCUGGGGGUGCCCGGGGUGGGGGGCACAGGUCAGCGAGGAGGGACUUGGCUACGACCCCCAGGCCCUGGUGAGGCCCCGUCCUCACCUCCCGGCAGAGCUGUAGCAGAUGAGCUCUCCCCCCUCGCCCCGGUGUUUUACAAGCAAUAAUGCCUCCUCGCGAGGAAGGGGCCAGAGCUGGGUGUCCCCCCACAUGGCUGAGGUGGGAGGGAAAGGCCACUCUGGCAGGAGGGGCAGUGAUUUGGGGACGGGGGGGAAUCACCUCCCUGAGCCCCCAAACUCCCCAGUUGUGCAGGGAGCCUGGGAUCUUAAACUGGAAGCUGGAGGGCCUGCCUGGGGCCAAAGGAUGCUGCUCAGGGGGCGUGGGUGGGAUGGGGCGGGGGGCAGGAGGGGCUUUGGCACCCCCUAACUGCCCCCCAUAAGGGUGGGUGCCCCCCCCUCCCCGAGCUCAGGGCGCAGGGAGGAUAUUUAUUGGUUUUUACAGAGGUGGGUGCUGCUGUGCUGGGGGAGGGGAGGGCCUUUGGAUGGGCUUUUUAUCCGUGUUUCAAAGGGUGGGUGGGAAAAAAACCCAGAACCAGGAGGUGAAGAAUGAAAAAGCCCAAGCUGUGGUACUUGGGAGAAGGGAGGGGGUGCCCACCCCCCCUGUGCCCCUCAGCAGCACCCCCAUUGCAUGUGAGGACAGAGGCCGGGUCGCUCCUUCCCUCUGCAGGGUCUGGCUGCAGCACCCAGCCUCCAGCUCUGGUGUUUUUAACUCUAUAAACAAAGGAGAAGAAAAGACCAAACCCAACCAAACCCAACUAAACCCAACUGUGACUUCGCUGUGCUUCCUUCUUACCCUCCCCCAUUCCCCAUCCCCAGGGGGCUGCUGAGGAGGGAGGGAAUGAGGGGGGGGGGGAAA